AUGAGGAAAUGCACCAUGAAUAAAAUGAAGAAACAUUAUCUUGGAAUUUGUUUCUUAAUUUCUAUAGCAAUAAAUAUAAUAUCUAGUAUAUACAUAUAUUAUGCAGUUGAUGGUCCGUGGGGAGAGAAGAAUCGGGAGAUUAACUGCCAGUCGUCGUUAACGUGGAGUCUGAAAGCAGCUGAGGAGGCGGAAGCGGUUGCAGCAAUCUCAUGCUCCGGCCAUGGUAGAGCCUUCCUUGACGGUUCGAUUUCUGGCGGUCAACCUGUUUGUGAAUGCUAUAGUUGUUAUGGCGGCACUGAUUGCUCUGAAUUAUCUCCUGGAUGUGCUGCUAAUGCUGAUAGUGGGGAUCCACUAUAUCUUGAGCCAUUUUGGAUGCAAAAUGCAGCCGAUACUGCUGUCGUCAUAUCGGGGUGGCAUCGUAUGAGUUACCACCCUAUAAUGUCAACAGAGCUCGACAAGUACAUCCGUAAGCUGCAUUCCAUUGUUGGGAAUGCAAUUACUCAAGACCGACAUAUUGUCUUCGGUGUUGGGUCAUCCCAACUUUUAAGUGCAGUUGUUUACGCUCUUUCCUCUACAACCUCUUCUUCACCUUCCAGCGUCCUAGCUUCCAUACCGUUCUACUACUUGUACAAGGAUCAAACGGUAUUAUUUAAUUCAAAGAACUUCCGGUUUGAAGGAGACGCUAAGUUAUGGCAAUCAAAUAACUCGAUAAAUAACAAGGAUGUGGUUGAAUUUGUAACUUCACCAAACAAUCCAGAUGGUGAGUUGAGGAAGUCGGUUCUUAGAGGGAAGACGAUAUAUGAUCACGCAAAUUUUUGGCCACAGUUCACACCUAUCCCCGGCCCUUCAGAUCAGGAUCUCAUGAUUUUUAGUCUUGCUAAGCUCACAGGUCAUGCCGGUAUACGUUUUGGGUGGGCAAUUAUAAAAGACAAAGAUGUAUAUGAAAAGGUUUUAAAGUAUAUCUGCUUGGCUAAUGGGGGGAUCUCAAAGGACACUCAACUUAGAGUUUUAAAGGUUCUAAAGGUUGCAAUUAAAGAAGGUGGAACCGUUUUUGAAUUUUCAUAUAACAAAAUGAGGGAUCGUUGGGAUAGAUUGACUCCAAUCUUCUCAAAGUCAACAAGAUUUUCUAUUCAGCAAAGACAUCCUUCACACUGCAAUUUCUUUCACAAAACUAGGCUACCAUCUCCAGCAUAUGCAUGGGUAAAAUGUGAAAGAGAAGAAGACACUGAUUGUGGUGAAGUGUUGAAAAGAAACAUCAUAGGCACUAGUGGAAGUAGCUUUAGCGCCGAAGAUCGUCACACACGACUUAGUCUCAUUACAAGUCAAGAUGACUUUGAAUUACUUUUGCAACGACUCACUGAGCUGGUGUCUUUUGAAAGUGGUAGCAUAGAGAGAAGAUUUGUUUUCCUGCUUGAGAAAAAAAGUGAACGGUGGCGAGUUGCUUUAGAAGGUAAAGGCUUAAGAUUUAGACAUUCAAAGACCGAGUACGGUGAUUUUAGUGGAAAAGUCAACCGCGGAGAUACUCAAAUCACCGUUGGUGGUCAAGUGGUGCCACAGGUUACUAGGAGGAAAGCAGCCGCUAGGGUAUUGUGUGACAGGAGGUUCCCAACUAAAUUAAUGGGAAAAUUUUAUAAGGUUGCAGUUAGACCUGCUAUGUUAUAUGGAACGGAUUGUUGGGCUAUCAAAAGGACGCAGACAUGCAAGAUGGAGGUGGCAGAAAUGAGGAUGCUACGGUGGAUGUGUGGGCACACAUGGCUAGAGCGUAUGAGAAAUGAGGUUUUUAGGGAAAGACUAGGGGUGGCUAGUAUAUCAAGUAAGAUUAAGGAGGGGAGAUUGAGAUGGGUUGAGCACGUGAAGAGGAGGCCGGUGACGGCACCGGUUAGACCAGUGGGCGCCCUUUGUGUAGAGGGUAGGAGGAGCAGAGGAAGGCCCAAGCUAAUUUGGGAGGAGCGGAUUAUGCAAGAUUUGCUAGAGUUGCACCUUUCUGAGGACAUGGUACAUGAUAGGAGUUCGUGGAGACGUAGGAUUAAGGUUAAGGAUUUUUAG